CUACCAAGAUCCCAGACAUCUAAAAAGAGAACACACACAGAAAUCAUCCAGAUAUGGCCAAGGUUUUCAAGAAGACGAGUGGAAAUGGAGGCCUAACCCUCUUCCUGGGCAAGCGUGACUAUGUGGAUCACGUUUCCUCAGUGGACGUAGUCGAGGGUGUAGUGAAGCUGGACUCAAAAGAUUUUGGAGACAGAAAAGUGUUUGUGCAGCUGGCGUGUGCCUUCCGCUAUGGUAGUGAAGACCUGGAUGUGAUGGGUAUAGGCUUCAGGAAAGACAUCUGGACCAAGUACCUGCAGCUUUACCCUGAAAGCCACAAGCCCACUCUGAGCCCCAUGCACGACACCCUAAUGAAGAAGGCCGGCGACAACACAGUACCUUUCACUUUCGAAAUUCCCAAUAACCUGCCAUGCUCAGUCUGUCUGCAGCCUGGACCUGAUGAUAAGGGGAAGGCUUGUGGUGUGGACUUUGAGGUUAAAACUUACCUUGCCAUGGAAAAGAGCAACCCUGAUGAAAAAAUUGAAAAAAAGGACACGGCUCGCCUUGUCAUUCGUAAAAUCCAGUACGCCCCCUCUCAAAUCGGGCCCGGCCCCAAAGCUGAGAUCUGCAAAAGCUUUAUGAUGUCCGACAAGCCUGUUCACCUGGAAGCUUCCCUGGAGAAAGAUCUCUACUUCCACGGUGAACCGAUUCCAAUUAAAAUCAAAAUCAACAAUGAGAGCAACAAAACAGUCAAGAAAUUCAAAAUCACUGUGGAUCAAUCCACAGAUAUUGUCCUCUACUGUGCGGACAAAUACAUCAAGAGUGUUCUCAGCCAAGAGUUUGGAGAGACAGUGGAGCCCAACAGCACGUAUGAGAAUACACUGUCCAUCACCCCUCUGCUGAGUGAAAACAAGGAGAAGAGGGGGCUGGCGCUGGAUGGACGGCUGAAAGAAGAGGACACUAACUUGGCCUCGACCACUAUGUUGCGGCCAGGUUUAGCAGAAAAACAAGUGUUGGGAAUCCUGGUUUCUUACAAGAUCAAAAUCAACCUCAUGGUGGCCGGAGGAGGUCUGCUCGGAGGCCUCACCGCCAGUGAUGUAACAGUGGAGCUGCCAUUAAUGCUCAUGCACCCUAAACCUGAAGAGUAAUCACUGCACAUUAGAACGGUGUUCUUCCUUGGAGGAUGAGAAGAAAUGGGACCAAA